UGAAUCAGAAGCCGUGUGUUGGUCAGAGAGAGUUGGGCUGCUGGGUCAGAACCGGCCCUCAGAUCUUUCAGCCCACUCCAAUAAAAGCUCCUCUCAUCUCUCCUCCCUCUCCCUCCUCAUGGUGACCCACGGAGACUAACACCACCACCCUAACAGCUGAACUUCUGUUUGAAUCCAGUUGUGCGAAUGUGUUGACGCUCAAGAACAAGAAGGAAAGCAGGUAUUAGGGCGACUUAAUGGACUUUUCUUUACUUCGGAACGCUCUCAGAAUAGAUCUCUAAAUGUUGGAUUAAAUCACUGAAGGAUCUUUGAUACAAGAUGAGCGAAGACGCCAAGGAGAAAGGCUCCAGCAAGCAAGCUCAACGCAAGAAGAAAGGCAAGAAGACUGAUAGCAAUGCCAGUUACCUCAGAGCGGCCCGAGCUGGAAAUCUAGAAAAGGCCCUCGAUUACAUUAAAUCUGGUGUGGACCUCAACAUCUGCAACCAGAAUGGCUUGAAUGCUCUUCAUCUAGCAUCUAAAGAAGGUCACGUGGUGGUCGUGACCGAGCUGAUCAAACUCGGUGCCACUGUGGACGCCUCAACAAAGAAAGGAAACACAGCUCUGCACAUAGCAUCACUCGCUGGACAGAAAGACGUUGUGAAAGAACUGGUGAACAAUGGAUCGAAUAUCAACACCCAGUCUCAGAAUGGCUUCACACCUCUCUACAUGGCUGCACAGGAGAAUCAUCUGGACGUUGUUAAAUUCCUCCUAGACAACGGAUCAAGUCAGAGCAUCGCCACAGAGGAUGGUUUUACUCCUCUGGCCGUAGCUCUUCAGCAGGGUCACGAUCAGGUGGUGUCUCUGCUUCUGGAGAAUGACACGAAGGGUAAGGUGCGCUUACCCGCUCUGCACAUCGCCGCCCGCAAGGACGACACCAAAGCGGCGGCGCUGCUCCUGCAGAACGACCACAACGCAGACGUGGAAUCCAAGAUGAUGGUGAAUAGAACGACAGAGAGUGGCUUCACCCCUCUGCACAUUGCAGCUCAUUAUGGCAACAUCAAUGUAGCGACGCUGCUCCUGAACCGCGGGGCGGCUGUGGACUUCAAGGCGCGGAAUGACAUCACACCUCUUCAUGUGGCAUCAAAACGAGGAAAUGCCAACAUGGUCAGACUGCUGCUGGAGAGAGGAGCUCACAUCGAUGCCAGAACUAAAGACGGACUCACACCUCUACACUGCGGAGCCAGGAGCGGUCAUGAACAAGUGGUGGAGAUGUUGCUGGAUCGUGGAGCGCCCAUCCUCUCAAAGACAAAGAACGGUCUCUCGCCACUGCACAUGGCAACACAGGGAGAUCAUCUGAACUGUGUUCAGCUCUUGCUCCAUCACGAGGUGCCAGUGGACGACGUCACCAAUGACUAUCUGACCGCCCUGCAUGUUGCUGCCCACUGUGGACACUACAAAGUUGCCAAAGUCCUUGUGGAUAAGAGCGCCAACCCCAAUGCCAAAGCACUGAAUGGUUUCACUCCGCUUCACAUCGCCUGCAAGAAGAACAGAAUCAAAGUGAUGGAGCUUCUGUUGAAACACGGCGCGUCCAUUCAGGCUGUGACUGAGUCUGGACUUACGCCCAUUCAUGUGGCCGCUUUUAUGGGCCAUGAAAACAUUGUGACUCAAUUGACCAAUCACGGAGCGUCUCCAAACAGCAUGAAUGUGAGAGGCGAGACGGCGCUGCACAUGGCUGCCAGGGCAGGACAGACCAACGUGGUGAAAUUCCUGGUGGCGAAUGGAGCGGAUUUGGACGCUAAGGCCAAGGACGAUCAGACGCCGCUGCACAUCUCCAGUCGUCUGGGAAAGCCUGAUAUAGUCCAGCUGCUUCUGAAACACGGAGCUUCAGCGGACGCCACCACCUCCUCCGGAUACACACCGCUGCACCUGGCUGCACGAGACGGACACAAAGACGUCGCAUCAAUCCUACUGGACAGUGGAGCGUCUCUCGGCAUCACCACCAAGAAAGGAUUCACGCCGUUGCAUGUCGCCGCCAAGUACGGGAAGAUAGAAGUGGCCAACCUACUGCUGCAGAAGAGAGCGCCGCCCGACGCCGCUGGGAAGAGUGGACUAACACCACUGCAUGUAGCUGCACACUAUGAUAAUCAGAAAGUGGCUCUUCUUCUGCUGGAUCAGGGAGCGUCUCCACACGCCGCCGCAAAGAACGGUUAUACUCCGCUGCACAUAGCUGCCAAGAAGAACCAGAUGGAGAUCGCCACCACGCUGCUGGAGUACGGAGCGGAUACCAACGCCAUAACGCGGCAGGGCAUCAGUCCACUUCACCUGGCAGCACAGGAGGGCAACGUCGACAUGGUGACCCUCCUGCUCGCCCGUGAAGCAGCUGUCAAUCUGGGAAACAAGAGUGGAUUGACCCCGCUGCACUUAGCGGCUCAAGAGGACAAAGUGAACGUGUCUGAGGUGUUGGUCAAUCACGGAGCCACGGUCGACCCAGAGACGAAGAUGGGAUACACCCCCCUGCAUGUGGCCUGUCACUAUGGCAACGUGAAGAUGGUGCACUUUCUGUUGAAGAACCAGGCCAAAGUCAAUGCCAAGAACAAGAAUGGAUACACACCUCUACACCAGGCGGCACAGCAGGGUCACACACACAUCAUCAAUCUUCUGCUGCAGAAUGGAGCUUCACCUAAUGAGCUGACAGUGAAUGGAAACACAGCGUUAUCCAUCGCCAGACGUCUGGGUUACAUCUCUGUCGUCGACACACUCAAAGUUGUGACCGAGGAGACUCACACCACUGUGACAGUGACAGACAAACAUAAAAUGAAUGUUCCAGAAACCAUGAACGAGGUUUUGGACAUGUCUGACGAAGAAGUUCGUAGAGCCAAUGUGCCUGAAAUGCUCAGUGAGGACUAUAUUUCAGAUGUUGAAGAAGGUGAAGAUGCCAUGACGGGAGAGACGGAUAAGUAUCUGGGGCCGCAGGACCUGCGGGAGCUGGGAGAUGAUUCGCUGCCUCAGGAGGGAUACCUGGGCUUCAGCGUGGGUGCUCGCACGGCGAGCCUGCGCUCCUUUAGUUCGGAUAGGUCCAACACCCUCAACCGCAGCUCCUUCACCAGAGACAGCAUGAUGAUCGAAGAGAUCCUGGCACCCACCAAGGACACGCAUCUGGCUUUAGCCAAAGAGCACAACACAGAGUCUGCGAGACGCUACAGCUGGACUCCAGACACAAUGGACAACGUCAACCUGGUGUCCAGUCCCGUCCAUUCAGGCUUUUCCUCCCCAUAUCCUCAAUGUGACAACAGGUUUUUGGUGAGCUUCAUGGUGGACGCUCGCGGCGGCUCCAUGCGAGGAAGUCGCCACAACGGCAUGCGCAUCAUCAUUCCACCGCGCAAGUGCACGGCACCCACCCGCAUCACGUGCCGUCUGGUCAAGCGACACAAGCUGGCGUCUCUGCCGCCCAUGGUGGAGGGUGAGGGGUUGGCGAGCCGGCUGGUGGAGGUGGGCCCGGCUGGGGCUCAGUUUCUGGGCCCUGUGAUCGUGGAAAUCCCUCAUUUCGGCUCUAUGAGGGGUAAGGAGAGAGAGCUCAUCAUGCUGAGGAGUGAGAACGGAGAGACCUGGAAAGAGCAUCAUUAUGACUGGAAAACCCAAGACCUCCAAGAGCUCCUCAAUGGCAUGGAUGAAGAGCUGGACAGCACAGCAGAUCUGGAGAAGAAGCGGAUCUGCAGGAUUAUAACGAAGGACUUCCCACAAUACUUUGCGGUGGUGUCACGCAUCAAACAGGAGAGUAAUCACAUGGGUCCAGAGGGAGGGGUUCUGUCCAGCAUGACGGUUCCUAUGGUCCAGGCCUCUUUUCCUGAGGGAGCGCUCACCAAAAAGAUCAGAGUUGGGCUGCAGGCUCAACCUCUUCCAAAUGAAGUGGUGAAGAAUUUCGUAGGGAAUCGUGCAACCUUCAGUCCUAUAGUGACAGUGGAGCCUCGCAGGAGAAAGUUUCACAAGCCCAUCACCAUGACCAUCCCUGUGCCUCCUCUCUCUGGAGAGGGAGUGAUGAACGGAUACAAGGGAGACACUACACCCAGCCUCCGACUCCUCUGCAGUAUAACCGGUGGCACAUCGCCGGCUCAGUGGGAGGACAUCACUGGCACCACACCUCUGACUUUCAUCAAUGACAGUGUGUCUUUCACCACAAACGUGUCUGCCAGGUUUUGGCUGGCAGAUUGUCAUCAGAUCCCUGAGACGGUGGGUUUGGCCACACAGCUCUACAGAGAGCUCAUCUGUGUGCCCUACAUGGCCAAGUUUGUGGUGUUUGCUAAAAUGAAUGACCCUGUGGAGUCCAGCCUGCGGUGCUUCUGUAUGACGGAUGAUAAAGUGGACAAAACUCUGGAACAGCAGGAGAACUUUGAGGAGGUGGCCAGGAGCAAGGACAUCGAGGUGCUGGAAGGGAAACCCAUUCACGUGGACUGCUACGGCAAUUUGGCUCCACUCACCAAAUCUGGACAGCAGCUGGUUUUUAACUUCUACGCAUUUAAAGAAAACAGACUCCCGUUCUGUGUGAAGGUGAGAGACAGCAGCCAGGAGCCGUGUGGCCGUCUGUCCUUUCUGAGAGAAGCCAAAACCUCCAAGGGUCUGGUUCAGACCCCUAUCUGUAAUUUAAACAUCACACUGCCAGGACUCAAAAAGGAUGCGGAUUCAGAUCCCGAGGAAGAGAGUGAAAAGCCAGAACGACGUCAUACCUUUGCAUCCCUAGCCUUACGUAAGCGCUACAGCUAUCUGACCGAGCCUGGAAUGAAAACAGUUGAACGAAGUACAACAAGAACACUGCCUGCUGGUUACGCUCACAAACCUGUCUUUUCAACAAGAUCUUACCAGGCAUGGUCGACUGCUCCUAUUACCGUCCCUGGGCAAACAAAAUGUGGACUGGGUUCCCUCUCCAGUUCACCUUCCAACACGCCAUCUGCUUCGCCAUUAAAAUCUGCAUGGUCCAUUUCCUCCACUUCUCCAAUCAAGUCCACCCUCGGAGCUUCAAAUGUUUCUCCUUCAAUAUCAGUUAGCGAUAUAGCAUCACCCAUUAGAACAUACCGGUCUAUGUCAUCUCCCAUAAAGACUGUGCUUCAGCAAUUCCAAAACCAAGUUCCAGUUUCAUCCAGUCUCCUGGCUUCUACGGCUAAAACAGAUCCCGGGUCCAUUAAGGGGCUUGCUGCGUCAUUUUCCUCAAGAACUAACUUAAUUUCAUCUCCUGGAUCAUUGCUAGAGAAAACAUUCAGCACAGUAACCCAGUCAGAUUCUGUAAAGUCCACCACAAAUACAUACAGUGCCUUAUCAUUUAAGUCAGCCCUGGCCCCCACAAGUACAGCAGCGUCCUCAACCGUUCGAAGUAUAUCAAGCUUGUCUUCCAAUUUAAUCACCACAGAUGUGGCCAAGGGAACAAUACAGUCAACAAAACCUACAAUACCCAGCACAGAAACAGUCCUGUCAAACGGAUCCAUUACACCCCUAAAAUAUCCCUCGUCCUCCUCUGCCUCUUCCCGUCUGUUUACAGGAGGGACUUACAGCUUGCAGGAGCGGAUACAAGCCACAACCCAAGCAGCAACAGCAAGUGCCGGUGCGGCAUUUAGUGAGGCGGAGAAAACUCUCGCUGGUUCAAACUAUAGCACACUGAAAUCUCUGUCUUCCCCUUUUAGAGGCAAUUUGUCAAGUUCUGUUUACGAUUCCCUUAGAUCAUCAGCCACGCCAACCACUUUGAUAUCAUCCACUUCCAUGACAGUACCAGUAUUUUCCGUGGUCAAUGUGAUCCCUGAAACCCAGGGGAAGAAAGUACCAGACACAAUAACAAUACCAACACCGAACCAUACUCAAGCACAGUCCUCUACAUCUAGACAGAAACCCCCAAAGCCCUCACUCUUUAUUUCUCCUGCAGCCCUCAAAGCAGCUGCCACACCCACGCUGGCAUCCAGUCAAGAGAUUCUUAGGGACGUGGCAGAUAUGAAGGAAGAUUUGAUAAGAAUGAAUGCAAUCUUACAAACCGACCCCACUAGUGCAGCCAAAAGCUUCCAGUCGCAUGUUUCUAAAGAGUCUAAGAUUGAGGAUGAGGAACCUUUUAGAUUGGUUGAGAAAGUUAAAAAAGACCUUGUCAAAGUUAGUGAAAUUCUCACAAAGGAUGUCCUGAGUGAGGCCAGAAGCUCAAGUAAAGACAGAGCCUCUGAGGAUGAGUGGGAAGAGUUCUCCGAAGAUGAAAUUGAGGAGGCACGGCAGAAUGCCCUGUCAUUGACAGACAAUGAUCUCGAUUUAGCUAAAAUGGUUGAUUAUUUAGUGAAUGAUAUAGGUGCUAGUUCCAUCUCCAAAAUAGCUAAUGUUAAGAGCAGAUAUGAUGAAAUAAGAAAGGAAGGUGAGGAAAAACAGAAGCGCACCAUUAAACCCGAGCACAAGUUGAAAAUGCCUCCCACAGGUAUGCGAACCUCUCCCUCAGAGAAAGAUUUGAGUAAAUUAGCCGACUCCUAUAGUGGCACAGAUGCUAUCUUGGAAUCCCCUGAUGACUUUUCCCAUGAACAAGACAAGAGUCCACUCUCAGAUAGUGGUUUUGAAACUAGAAGCGAAAAGACCCCAUCGGCCCCUCAAAGCGCAGAGAGCACAGGGCCCAAGCCCCCCUUCACAGAUAUGCCUAUUCCCCCUGUCAUAACAGAAACCAGAACCGAAGUCGUUCACGUCAUCAGAAGCUAUGAGCAUCCUGAGGAGGCCCGUGAACCUCUAAUGGAUGAGGCUGCCGCUUUGAACCCUCCAGCAUGCACUGAGCCCGAGGUGGCAGUUAACUCCAUCAAAGACAAGGUAAAGGCCCUGCAGAUGAAAGUAAACUCAGACGAGCUGGCAUGCGUCAAAGAAGAGACCCAUAUUACCACUACAACUCGAAAGGUCUACCAUAAACCUCAGCUAAAAGACGUCGGCUCUGAGAGAAAUGAAGAACCAACAAUGUCAGUACAAGACUUAAUGAAAGCUUUUCAGUCCGGAAGAGACCCUUCCAAAGAACUGGUUGGCUUAUUUGAGCAUAAAGCUAGCCAAGACUCAAUUAAAGGAGACGAGUUGACCCCAUGGUUCCUUGAAAAGGACAAAAAGCCCAAAGUUGAGAGAAUAAUUGAGGUACACAUAGAAAAGGUCAACACAUGUGACCCAACUGAAGUCAUAAUCAGGGAGACUAAAAACCAUCCAGAGUUUAUAUGUAAGGGUGAGCGUGGUCUUAAGGAGCUUUUUGAUAAGGUUGAUUAUGAGGCCAUUCAAGAUGAGGAUGAACUUAUUGCUGAAGAGUCACUGCCUUUCUUCUUAGACACAUCCAGAAUGAAUACCUCUGUCUCACAAGAGGAAGAGAGUCGCCCCAGUUCAGCUCAGCUCAUUGCCGAUGAAUCAUACAAAGCUUUAAAGCUCCUAAGCCAGCAUUCUAUUGAGUAUCAUGACGAUGAGCUGUCAGAGCUAAGAGGGGAGUCAUACAGGUUUGCUGAGAAAAUGUUGCUGUCAGAAAAACUAGACAUAUCACAUUUUGACACAGAGGACUCUGUGGCAGACCAGUCACAUAGCAUAAGUGCUGAUGUGAAAGGGGCAGAAGCCUUUUAUGGAGAAAAAGUACCUGGCCCCAGGAAGGAGUCCAAGUUCAGGUCAGCAAGGGAUGCAUCAGACAAAUCAGGUAAAUUUUCUCAACAAGAUGAGCAGUAUGACAAAGUAACAGUAUUACAUUACACUACUGAUCCUGGUAGCCCUAAACAUGCGGUCUGGAUGCGUUUCACCCAGGAUAGACAGGACAGGAAUAGAGAGAAACUAAUUUACGAAGACAGAGUAGAUCGAACUAUUAAAGAGGCAGAGGAAAAGCUGAGUGAGGUUUCACAGUUUUUCCGAGACAAGACAGAAAAAUUAAACGAUGAGCUUCAGUCGCCAGAGAAAAAGAAACCAGCAAGACUCUCUAAGGAGACACGGUCAGGGCCUAGUUCCAUAUGUAACACUCCUGAGAAAAUACAAAAGGGUACAGCUGACGAAUGGAAUAAAGGUAGGCAGAAGCUGUUUGGCAGUACAAAUGAAAGAAAAAGCGCAAGUCUGCCAAACAGUCCCGAGAGACAUGUGCUGUCACGCUUCAGUGAGGAUAAAUCAAAACAGGACGAUGCUCAUCAACAGGCGAAGACAGGUAAUGCAGGGCCCCCAGUCCCAGUUAAGACCUCCAAAGUGAGCUCUUUUCGACAAAAGUUUGAAACAGAAGCACAGAAACAGGAUACAGGACAAUCAAAACAACCUGCCAAAAAAUUACCAGAAAGUAAAUUGCCCGUAUUUCAGUCUUUAGCUGCUUCAAAAAGGGCAGAUGAAGAACAGACACCCUCUAGAAAACUAACUGAAACCGAUACAAAUAAGGUAGCCACUGAGAGUAGCAAAGCUCAAGGUUUUCAAGAAAGGGUGGUUGUCUCAAAGCAGGCAGGUGAAAAAUCGUUGCCAGGAAUCUCUACCAAAUCAGAAACCAUUGAAUCCAGAUCAUCACUUUUUGAGAAUAAGGAGCGUAAGAGCAAGGAAGAGACUCAACAGAGCCCUGCUAAAGUUCACUCUCUUGGCCUACAUAUUACAAGUAGGCAAAGUGUAACUGAUCAUGUUAAAGAGCAACAGUAUUUAAAAAGUGACACUAAAACUGAGACAGGUGUUUUAUUAUCAAAGGAUAAUGUCAAUAGGAAUGACUCCCAAAUCAAAACCCUUAAGAAGAAGACAGAAUCUCAUAUUCCUGUUAGAACAGUAUCUGGUUCCUCUGAAACUAAUAAAACAAGUAAAGUGAAUCAAGAUGUGUUAGGUAAACAAACUGAAAAGAGUCAAUCACACAUACCUACUUUGACCAAAGCAAGGAUUCAGGGCCGUGUAGAGUUACAGAGAGAGGAAUCUGCAACAAAGAAGUCUCAAGAGGUUUCUGCAGAAAGUAGAAAUGACAUGAGCCCAGUGGAAAAAAUAUCAACAGUUACAACAAGAGAAAGUUUUAAAGGGUUAAAAACGUUACCAGUCUACGUAAGUGUUCAAGUUGCAAAACAGUCUGAGAAAGAUACAUCAGGAGCAGCAAAUGGCACAUUCAAAAAAAUGGUCAACUCAGAAAGUAGAUCGAUUUACACGGUUAAACAAAAACAGCCCCCAUCUCCUAAAGGCAGCCCUGAUGACGACACUUUAGAACAGUUCUCUUUUAUUGAUAGCUCUGGCAAAAGUCCAAUGACUCCAGAUACCCCCAGCUCAGAAGAGGUCACCUAUGAUCUCACUUCAAGAACCCCUGACUCUUUCAUUGCAUUUAUGCCAGGUAUUGCCAGCCCAAUAGCAGAGGUUUCAGAGGAGUCGGAAGGUAGUGACCAAGGCAAACAUUUUUCUUUGAAAGAAUUCAAAGCAGAAAAAACAACCAGUGGCAAACAAGAAACUGGCACGGAGUCAAAAGACAAACGAGUUGCAUAUAUUGAGUUUCCUCCUCCACCGCCAUUAGACUCAGAUUCAUCACAGCCUGAGAAAAGGGGGUCGACUCCGUCUUCCGAGGCUGAGACUGAGAUGAUGGAAGUGAAUCUCCAAGAGGCGCGUGAUAAACGUCUCCUCACAGAACCUAUAAUAAGAGUCCAGCCACCAUCUCCUGUCACCCUAAGAGCUAAUGACAGCGAUUCAAGUGAGGAGGAAUCAGUCUUUAAACCCAUACCAACAAAGAAAUAUACCUUUAAGAUGGAUGGGGACAAAAUUGAGAAAGAAAGCAAUUUAAAAGAGCAUGACAAUAAUGGGAAUCGUAAAGAACUAGGGGCAAAUGGUAACGCAAAAGAAGAUGAUGAUGAUUAUGAACAAAAUGGCAAUGAUCAGUCUAUCACAGAUUGCUCAAUGGCAACCACUGCAGAGUUCUCACAUGACACAGAUGCUACAGAGAUCGACUCUUUGGAUGGCUACGAACUUCAGGAUGAGGAUGACGGUCUAAGUGAACACUUUACCAAACCGAUUGGCUUCCCCAUUGAGAACAGAAAAGAUGUUUGGUCAUCAGAUAAUUUGACAAGGCCAAGCGACCGUUGCCAGAGUAAACUUGAAGUCAUUGAAGAAGAAUCACCAGUUGAAGAGAGCAAAAAGACCAAAGCCAAUACUGAUCCCUCAAACAAAAGAAAUGGUGAAGACAAUGAAAGAAAUGGGAAGCAUUCCGAUCACGGUUUGUCGGAAACGUACUUUAGCUACAAGCUCGAUGAGGAGUUUAAUACUCCUUUCAAAACUGUUGCAACAAAAGGAUUUGAUCCUUGGUCAAGCAAAGGCGGAGAAGAUGAGGUUGUGGAUGCUAGAAUUAAGGACGACGAACCCAAGCCUUUUGGGUUAGCAGCAGACGACAGGUCUACAGCCACAACCCCUGACACAACUCCUGCGAGAACCCCGACCGAUGAAAGCACACCAACUAGCGAGCCUAACCCUUUCCCCUUUCACGAAGGGAAGAUGUUUGAGAUGACCCGAAGCGGUGCGAUUGACAUGAGCAAGCGGGAUUUUUUGGAAGAGAGGCUCCAGUUUUUUCAGAUUGGCCCUCAGAGUCCCUGUGAAAGGACAGAUCUGCGUAUGGCUAUUGUGGCAGAUCAUCUUGGCCUGAGCUGGACAGAACUGGCCAGAGAAAUGGAAUUUACGGUCGAUGAGAUAAAUCACAUCCGUGUGGAAAACCCAAAUUCAUUGACAACUCAGAGCUUCAUGCUAAUAAAGAAAUGGGUUAGCCGAGACGGCAAAAACGCUACAACGGAUGCCUUAUCUGCAGUCCUGACUAAGAUCAAUCGGUUGGAUAUUGUGACAUUGCUGGAAGGGCCGAUUUUUGACUAUGGUAACAUAACAGGCACGAGAUGUUUUGCAGAUGAUAGCCCAGUUUCCCAGGAGCAGGCUGAUGGUUACCAAGACAUUGAGCUGGAGCUUAAGAGUCCCUCAGAGCUGUCCUAUGAGCCCCCGACCCCCCUGCGGCAGGAUGAUUUCUUUAACGAGGACGGUAGGCUAAACUUCCCCAGUAGUGCCCCCGUUAGGCCCAGUGAACUUUCCCUGCCAUCCACUAGCGGCCCCGUGUCUGCCGACGCCAAGCCUCCCACUGUGAUUGAAGAGGACACCUCAAUCAGAGGUCGAGGCUCCUUUGGCCAAGAGGAUGGGUUAACUGAAGACGACCUUCGUGAAUCUGCGGUCUCCUCGAAACAACACGACAUUGAAGCCACGUCAGAAGAACAAGACGUCUUUCCAAGCAGCCCGGUGAGAGAGGAAGCUCAACACGAGCCCACCGUUUCUUCCUCAGCCAGAGGAGGUCCUGGAGAGGGCAGCUUGUCUGGAUUUGACGAGGAAGACGAAGAAUUGACCCAAGAGAAGAUCAAGGUUCUCUUGGAGAACAUUAAGUUGGAGGAAGGCUUAGAGGAUGUGGAGAUGACUGAGGAGAGGCUGCAGGAGAUCCUCUCACAGGUGCAGCAGGCAGAAACCCAUAUGUCUUCAAUUUCAGGUUCGCAGGGUGAGACAUCUGGUUCAAUGGUGAUGGCUUCAGGCCAAGGCCUGGGUACUGAUACACAAGGGCAAAGCCAAGAGCCCGUGUCCUCAACUAAUGGAGUGCGAGUAGAGAAGCAAAAUGGAGAACAUCCAGAGCACCAAGCGCCAGAUGCCAGCAAGUCUAGCAGCAAAACAAAGGGCAAAGCGAGGAAAGACUCUGGACGGCAGGAGGUGAGCAGCGAGACGCUGGAGGACAGAGGAACAGAAUCAAACAACAGAAAGGAGGGCGUAACUGUUUAUGAAGCUCAGCAGGGAGCUUGUAAAGAGAAUGAAUCCAGUUCAGAGGAGGAGGAGACCGUCACCACCAGAGUGUAUCGACGGAGAGUGAUUCUGAAGGGUGAUCAGGCCAAAAACGUUCCCGGCGAGACAGUGACAGAGGAGCAGUACACUGAUGACGAUGGAAACAUAGUCACCAGAAAAAUCAUCCGCAAGGUUGUGUGUCGCACAGCUGCUGUGGAGGAGAAGGGAAGGAGAAAGCGUGGGAAACGCUCCCGACAGGCCGGUAGGGCCGGACAGGAGGAGGAAGAGGGGGGCCCAGGGCCCCGCAGAGUGUACACUGAGGACGGUGAAGGAGGGAACGGCAAAAAGAAGGAUGGAAGACAAAGAGAGAAAAAGAGUCAAUCGUAACAGCUGUGUGCACUUUCUGACGUGAAAUUGUUUCAAAAUCAUUUUCCUGGGUGGAAGAUCACUGGAAACUCGCAGGAGGUCAGAGAAUGAAGACGGUGUCUACAACUUCACAUAAAUAAAAGGUUUCAGCCAGAGGACUUUUGAUUUCGCAUGAGCAUGAUUAACUUGUUUCUGUCAGUAACGCGGGGCGGCUGACGGUCACCGACUGUCGAGAGGACAUUGACGGUGCCACAUUUCCAUCGACCGGAAGUGUCAGGAAUAAAACACCUUCAUGACCGAACACGCCACAAAACCCCAUGGAUGAUUGACAGAAACGGAGGGGCACGUUCCAAUCACUUCUACACUCGCCUUACUUUUCUUUCGUUUGUUUUUUUGGCCCCAUAAUGUCGGGGUGUAUGAUGCUGUUUGAUGGAGGUUACGAUGUACAUAAAUUACACUGUAUAAAUUCUAAUGUGGCUCACAAUAUUGUCAAGGCACUGGCAAGUGUGUGCGAAUGAACUACCGAUUCUGAUUCCAGUUUUAAGGGAACGCUUGAGUGUAACGCACUUGUAUGACUAUUAGCAGGACAAAUGUUUGUAAAUGAAAAAAGCCAGCUUGAUUUUAACAAGAGACGUUUCUUUUAAACCUGGUACAUGACCUGGAGCGCCUGUGAAUCUUUUCGAAGAUUUCUUCAGAUUACUAAUAUUUUCAUGCAUGUGGAUCACUUUAUUAUGAUUGAUUUUUUCUAACAGCAUAAGACACAAGAGAAAAGGAGAGAAUGUUCUGGAUGUGUCCACUCACAGCCUUGCCAUUGCUCACUAUAGUUUUUUUAGUAAGAUGGUUCGGCUUCACUAAAACUUCACUACCGGUUUCUCUCUUCACUUACAGAUUCACCAGAAGUCACGUGUUUCAGCUGUAAGAAAUGUAUAAAUCUUUUGGUCAGCCUAUCAUUUGUAAUCAUUUCAGCAGUGUAUUAUUACUUUUCAAGGCUGCUGUGGUUUUGGGGAAACUUUAUUUUAGGUUGGUGCAUUAUUGACUGCGAAUCACCCUUGAGCAUUCACGAAUGACAGAUCUGGUAACAAACAUUUGUAUGGAACUAAACAUACACUGGAUGAUCAAAAUAAUUAUUUAAGCUUAUAAUAAACUGUGUUCAAACCCUU